AAAACAGAAACAAAGAUGUGGUUGGUCAAAGAGAAAGGAAGCACGUACUCGUAUAAGAGAAGGAAUCCGUAAUGAAAGCGAGUUAUCCUUUAGAAUUACGGUCAUUGUGUUGGGACUUGUUCCAGAAUUACAGUUUUCAUGUUCCCUUCAAGAAGAAAAUGAACGGCUUCAAUCGACAGUAACAUUUCAGCAACCGUCUGAUAAGGAUAAUAAGAUUCAAGAACUUUACGCUGUUAAUGAGGAAUUACAUUACAAUUUCCUACAAGCUUGCCUUAAAAUCAAUGAUCUUCGGUUGAAAGAUUAA